GCGUAAUUUAAAGAUCCAUUUACCCCUGCACUGGAAAAUAUGUAGACACACUUUAGAUUCUUAUUUGAAUCAUAUUAAAGCAUUGUUUCCAAUUGAGCAAAUCACCGUCGGCACACAAACAGUGUCUUAAGAUCCAGCGCAAGUUGCUUCAUACCUGAAAAUGGACUCCAUUUCCAUGCUGGGCAGUAGUCCGAACAGUCCCAAAGUUUGCUUCCUUCCCAACGGGCUGAAGAAUGGGUCCAAGGAGGGACCCAGCAAACACACAGUUGCCAUCAUUGGUUCUGGGGACUUCUCCAAAAGCCUGACCAUCCGGCUGCUCCGCAGUGGCUUUCACGUGGUGGUGGGAAGUCGGCAACCCAAGAGGGCUGCCGAAUCGUUCCCACACGUGGUGGAUGUGACCCAUAAUGAGGAUGCAGUAGGGAAGGCCACCAUUGUGUUCCUGGCCAUUCGAAGAGAGCAUUAUUCUUCCCUUUGGGACAUCAAACACUUGUUGGUGGGGAAAAUACUGGUGGACGUCAGCAAUAACAGACGGGUGAACCAGUAUCCAGAAUCAAAUGCAGAGUACUUAGCCUCCCUCUUCUCAGAAUCCAUUGUGGUCAAAGGAUUCAAUGUGAUCUCAUCAUGGGCCAUGCAGUCAGGCCCCAGAGACUCUAGUCGACAGGUCUAUAUUUGCAGUAAUUCAGUGGAUGCUCGACAGCAGCUUAUUCAGAUGGCCCGUCAACUUAAUUUCAUCCCUGUGGACAUGGGCGCCCUGUCCUCUGCCAAAGAGAUUGAGAACAUGCCCUUACAUCUCUUUACAGCCUGGAAAGGGCCUGUUUUGACAGCAGUCGCCCUUUCCAUUUUCUUCUUUGCCUAUUCCUUUGUGCGGGACAUUAUCCAUCCUUAUUUAAAGACCAGACAGAGUUUUUUUUACAAGAUUCCUAUAGAGAUUGUGAACAGAACGCUGCCUAUGGUGGCCAUAGUUCUGCUAGCGCUGGUGUAUUUAGCAGGACAGCUAGCAGCUGUGUACCAGCUCAUCUAUGGGACAAAGUACCGCCGUUUCCCACCCUGGUUGGAGGGCUGGCUGGAGAGCCGCAAACAGCUUGGCUUGUUGAGUUUCUUCUUUGCCUGCAUACACGUGCUAUACAGCCUCUGCCUGCCAAUGAGACGCUCAGAGAGAUAUCUGGUGCUCAACAUGGCCUAUCAACAGGUACAUGCGAACAUAGAGAACUCAUGGAAUGAAGAGGAAGUUUGGAGGGUGGAGAUGUAUGUUUCCUUUGGCAUUAUGGGUCUGGGUCUUCUCUCUCUAUUGGCCGUCACAUCCAUUCCCUCGAUCCACAAUGCUCUCAAUUGGCGAGAGUUUAGUUUCAUCCAGUCCACUCUAGGUUAUAUCGCCCUGCUCAUAUCCACGUUCCACGCCCUGCUUUUCGGUUGGCAGCGGGCAUUUCUGGAGGAGUCUUAUCGCUUCUACAUGCCACCCAAUUUUGUAUUGGCACUGGUUCUCCCUGUCACCGUGAUAAUCGGAAAAAUCGUGUUGCUGUUUCCCUGUGUGAGUUGCAGGCUUAAGCGGAUCAGACGUGGAUUAGACUCCAAUCAAAACAACACCAACAACGAGAGACCUGCUGCCCACAUUUCACCCGAAAGGGUCACAAUCAUGUAACCGUACUGCUGUUUCUAGUGCUAAUCAUAUACUCAUUGUGCCCAACCAAUAGACAUUCCUUCUGUAAGAUAAAAACAAACAUUUCAAGUGCUUUCAGGACACAAAGAUUUGUUUGUAGAAAGCGUUCCAACUGUUUUAUGAAUAGGAGUUCAGUUGGAACUGGACUGGCAAAAUGGAACAAAAUGUGAAUUCAUGUGACUACAAGAGCUGGUUCUGGUAGGGUGGUAGUCAUGUGACUGGAUGCCCUGUUGAAGGUCCUAAGGCCUUUUUUGAAGAAAUGUUAUGUUAGUUUAAUUAUGUAACAGACUUGCAGUUUGAUUGGGUCUUAUACAACUUUUAAAUUAAAGUGAUUUGUGACAUAUUCUGGUUUUUAUCACUUUAAGCAUCACUGUAUAACACAGGUACAAUUUUAGUGUUGAAUUCAAGUUUUGGGUAUUGGAUAAGUAUGUCUUAUUUCACCAUGACAUUUGGCAAAUCAACCUAAAAAGUUAAAACACAGUGACAAAGACCUGCAAAGACUCAUGCUAAAAAUGACCGUCUCCCUCUUUUCUACACUGUUUCUUGUGAACUGUCUUGAAAACAACUGUGUGUCGCUUAUCUUGUUGCGCAACACUGUCUGCCUCCGAUGUUCUGUGUUAUCACAAAGUCACUUUAUGUUUGGUGGGUACCAAUA